AUGGCACAUAGGCUCCUCUCAUCUGCGAACAGAGUCAGCGCCAGAUUCGCCUUCAUAUGCACCUUGUCAUUGUCUUGUACGUACUUGUGCUAUAAUAUCAUUUUCUAUCGCGGCACAAUCAUGACAAACCAGGGCUACAAGUCCCCCAAAAGAAAGAAACCACAAAGUCCGCACAAGGAGGAAGGGAAGGGAUUGAUGCCACGGACACUAGACAGCCAGAUCACAUUAGAGAAGACUCCCAGCUACUUUGUCACCAGAGAAGCCCCCCGGCGCAUCUCCAGCAUGUCCCAUGAAACCAAACUGAUAGUUGUGGUGCGCAACCCUGUCACGAGAGCCAUCUCUGACUACACGCAGACACUUUCCAAGAAGCCUGACAUCCCUACAUUUGAAGAGCUAGCCUUCAAGAACAAAAGUGUGGGUUUUGUAGACACGUCCUGGAACGCCAUUCGGAUCGGAAUGUACAUUCUGCACCUGGAGAACUGGCUGCAGUACUUUCGACUGUCGCAGAUGCACUUUGUGAGCGGCGAGCGGCUGAUAACGGAUCCAGCCGGGGAAAUGGGUCGCGUACAAGACUUUUUAGGGCUCAAGCGAAUAAUCACAGACAAGCACUUCUACUUCAAUCGAACCAAAGGCUUUCCCUGUCUGAAGAAGCCGGAAAGCAGCAGUCAACCGCGAUGCCUUGGCAAAUCUAAGGGUAGAACUCACGUACAGAUCGACCAGGAGGUCAUAGAGCAGCUGCGGGAGUUUUACAGGCCGUACAACAUCAAAUUCUAUGAAACUGUGGGACAAGACUUCAAGUGGGAUUGA